ACAGCCCAUCGCUUACACUUUACUUCACCAUUUUCCAUAGUUCCACUACCAAUAAUAACAUUGUCUGAACCACCCAUUUUUCCUUUAAAUUUUUCAUCUAAAAGAAAAGAGGAAAUUCAAGAAUUGGAAUAUGGAGAAAUCACUAGAGGAAGUGCACCCUGUUAAGGCUUUUGGUUGGGCAGCUAAAGAUACUUCUGGGUUACUUUCCCCCUUUAAAUUCUCCAGAAGGGAAACUGGGGAUAAGGAUGUGAAAUUGAAGAUUCUUUAUUGUGGUAUCUGUCAUACUGAUCUUCAUCAAGUGAAAAAUGAAUGGGGAUUUUCUCAAUAUCCUAUGGUCCCUGGGUAUGGUGUCAAUUUCAGAUUCUUGAAAGUAUUAUAUUUCAUGCAUAUGCAGAACUCUUACUACCUUAUGAUAUUUACAACAUAUUGCACAUUUAUAACAUUGCUCUUGACAUAUGGUACCACCAAAUAUUUUAAUUUAGCCAGGAAUUGGAAAUAACCUCUUAACAAGUCAUAGCUGGGAGGUGGGCAUGAGUUCCCCUCAUUUAAAACAGGAGAAUUUGUUGCUGAAACUGUAUGAAGUUCAGAGAAAAAUAAAUUAAACUAUGAUUCCCUUGAACUAAUUUUUGAGUUAUAGAAACAUGUUAAUGGGAGCUUAGUGGAUUAUUAGUAAGGUCAUUUAUGCUUGCAUCCGAAAAAUUUGUCCUUUGUCAAAACAUUAGGAUUUAACUUAUAAGCACCGACGGUAUAAAGAAAUUUUACACCAUCUGCAUAUUUUAACCUCUUCUAGCUAGUAACAUGACUUAUCUCUAUGUUACUAAUCCCACUUUGUAUGGACCGCUACUGGUAGUUAUCGGUUAUGUGACUUGAUAGUCUAAAAAUUCUUUUAGACAGUAACAACAACAACAACAACAAC